AUGCAGAACAUCCUCGAUCAAAACUUAGACAUGGCCACAGCUCUGCUCGCCGGCGAGAAGCUGAAGGAGCUGAUCCUGCCGGGCUCAUCUCAGGAUGAGAAGGGCGGGGCACUGGCCAGCCUCAUGGUGCAACUCAAACUGGAGCUGCCCUUUGAUCGUGUUGUUACUAUAGGGACUGUCAUCAUCCCCAUCCUGCUGGUCACCCUUGUCUUCACCAGGAACUUUGCAGAGGAGUCUAUAUACUGUUACACACCGCACAACUUCACCAGAGAUCAGGCACUGUAUGCAAGAGGCUACUGCUGGACAGAGCUACGUGAUGCCAUUCCUGGUGUGGAGUCUCACCUCUGGCCCUCGCUAUUUGAACACAAGUUCCUGCCCUACGCCCUGCUGGCUUUUGCUGGAAUCAUGUACAUUCCUGCUUUGGGCUGGGAGUUCCUCGCCUCUACACGGCUCACUUCAGAGCUCAACUUCCUGCUUCAAGAGAUUGACAACUGCUAUCAUCGAGCUGCUGAGGGCCGAGCCCCAAAGAUCGAGAAGCAGAUCCAAUCCAAAGGACCUGGCAUAACUGAGCGAGAGAGGAGGGAGAUCAUAGAGAACGCGGAGAAGGAGAAGAGCCCUGAGCAGAACCUGUUUGAGAAAUACUUAGAGAGACGAGGCCAAAGUAACUUUCUGGCUAAGCUUUACCUGGCACGCCACCUGGCUAUUAUCUGCCUCAGUUCCAUCCCUAUUUCCUACCUGAGCGCCUACUAUGCCCGCCAAAGGCAGAAUGAGUUCACCUGUGCGCUGGGUGAGCCUCCAGACAUUAGCAGCUAUCAAGAGCUAAAGCUCAGGGUCAACUGUAAGCUGCCUGCUGUGCAGCUGCAGCGCAUCAUGGCAGCGGUGGACAUAGCUCUGCUCUGCACCAUGAACCUCAUCAUCCUGCUUAAUUUGCUGCAUUUGUUUGUGGUGCGCAAGUCCAACUUUGUAUUUGACAAACUGCAUAAAGUUGGUAUUAAAACACGGCGCCGCUGGCAGAAGUCUCAGUUCUGUGAUAUCAACAUCCUGGCCAUGUUUUGCAAUGAGAACAGGGACCACAUCAAGUCACUCAACCGGCUAGAUUUCAUCACUAAUGAAAGUGACCUCAUGUAUGACAAUGUGGUCAGGCAGCUGUUGGCUGCGCUUGCACAGUCCAACCAUGAUGCUACACCCACUGUGAGGGACUCUGGGAUACAAACGCUGGAUCCUAAUAUGGAUCCCUCUGAUCUCGGAGUGGGAGAGAUAGCUGGGGAGCCGUUGGUCAUCAAACGGCCCCGCAAGAAGAUUAAAUGGAUCCCAUCCUCAAAUCCUCUCCCUCAGCCAUUCAAGGAACCCCUAACUCUGACACGUCUGGAAAAUAACACCAAGCCUGAAAAACCCAAACCGCUCCGACGAAAGACGGUGGCAGACAGCUUCAUCGCACCACUUCUGGACAGCAAGGGCACACAACAUCCAGCAACAAAAGAUCUUAGUGGGAUGGAGAAAAAGCACACUCGCAACUUCUCUCUGGACGUUCACCCGUACAUGCUGACCAUUCGGAAGCCCAAGGUGGAGGUCGCAACCACAGAACCUCUACCUUCAGAGCACAUAGAUACGGUGUACCUCGAAGGAACACAUACUGUUGUUCAUGUGUCUGGUGCAAUUACAGAGACUAAGGUUCGCUCUCCAGAAUCGACCAACACUACCUUUUCUACAGUCACUCUGCCCACCACUACAUAUGUAAAUGGCGUGAGCCCCAACCCACCCUCCAGCGAGGAUCCACUCAGUCCCAAGUCCUCCCCUCCUCCAAAGGAGCCUCUCACCCUGGUGGAAAACCCUGAGUCUCAGCCACCACCCCUGACCAGAGCCCCCACACACCAGCUGCUGAGUAUACAUCAUACUCUCUUUGAGGAAGAGGAGGAUGAAGAAAACCGUAGAGACAGACUAGCGGGGAGACCGGGGGAACUCAUCGCCGCUGGGGAAUGUUGAAGGAGAGGAAGAGGAACGCUGACUGAGAUUCCCC